AUGGCACCCUUCAGGGUCCUGCAGUCACUGGAGUCCAGCUCUUUAGAAGACAAGAGUUCAGAGAAAUUAUCUCCCCCAAUACAGGAUCUCGCUGACUCACAGGAGAGAGAUGAGCAGCACAAUGAAUCCAUUAAAAGAGCCCAGCAGGAACUGAAAACUCAUCUGAAGAAGAAGUUUGAAUGCAUAUUUGAAGGUUUAGCAGUGCAGGGCCACACAACUCUCCUCAAUGAGAUCUAUACAGAGCUCUACAUCACAGAGGGGGGGAGUGGGGGGGUCAAUAAUGAGCACGAGGUCAGACAGAUUGAGACAGCAUCCAAGAGACAAACCACGCAGGAGACUCCAAUCCUCUGCAAUGACAUCUUUAAGCCUUUACCUGGACAAGAGAAACACAUCAGAACUGUGCUUACAAAGGGCAUCGCUGGCAUUGGGAAAACCGUCUCUGUGCAGAAGUUCAUUCUGGACUGGGCAGAAGGAAAAGCCAAUCAGGACGUUGAUUUCAUCUUCACUCUUCCUUUCCGAGAUCUGAAUCUGAAGAAGGAAGGAGCAUUCAGUCUGAUGCAACUUCUGCAGCACUACUUUCCACAACUGAAAGAGAUCAAAAGUGUUGACGGUGAUGAAGUCAAAGUUGUGUUUAUCUUUGAUGGUCUGGAUGAGUGUCGACUUCCUCUACAUUUCCAAAGCAAUGAGAUCUGCUGUGAUAUAACAAAGUCAUCAUCAGUGGAUGUGCUGCUGACCAACCUCAUUAAGGGGAAUCUGCUUCCCUCUGCUCUCCUCUGGAUCACCUCCCGACCUGCAGCAGCCAAUCAGAUCCCUCCUGAGUGCAUCCACCAGGUGACAGAGGUACGAGGGUUCAAUGACCCACAGAAGGAGGAGUACUUCAGAAAGAGAAUCAGAGAUCAGAAACAGGCCAGCAGAAUUAUCUCACACAUACAAUCAUCCAGGAGUCUCUACAUCAUGUGUCACAUACCAGUCUUCUGCUGGAUUUCUGCUACUGUUAUGGAGACAAUUUUGGGUAAAGUACAGAGUAGAGAUCUGCCCAAAACUCUGACUGAAAUGUACACACACUUCCUGCUCAUUCAGACUAAUGUGAAGAAUCUGAAGUAUCGUGGCUCUGAUGAAACAAACCCAAAGAUGUCUGCAUCAGAUACAGAAAUCAUCCUGAAACUGGGGCAGCUGGCUUUUGUACAGCUGGAAAAGGGCAAUCUGAUAUUCUAUGAAGAGGACCUGAGAGACAGUGGCAUUGAUGUCAGUGAAGCUUCAGUGUACUCUGGGGUGUGCACAGAGAUCUUUAAAGAGGAGCGUGGGUUGGGUCAGGAGAAGGUCUACUGCUUUGUGCAUCUGAGCAUUCAGGAGUAUCUGGCCGCCUUGUUUGUGUUCCAUUCAUGUGUAAAUGAAAACAGAAAUGUGCUCAGAACAGACGAAUCAAAACCUCACAGUGGCAGAGUGCAGCUGUAUGAGUUACAUGAGACUGCAGUGAAUCAGGCCUUAGAGAGUGAGAACGGACACCUGGACCUUUUCCUCCGAUUCCUUCUCGGCCUCUCUCUGGACUCCAUUCAGCCCCUCUUAGGAGGACUACUGACACAGACAGGAAGAAGAUCUGAUGGAGGACAAUGGAUAACAAAACUCUUUCAGAGACUACAGAUAGAUAGCAGACCAGGGAGCAUCAAGAAAACAGUCCAGUACAUUAAGGAGAAGAUCAAAUGUGAAUCUUCCGCAGAGAGGACCAUCAAUCUGUUCCACUGUCUGAAUGAACUGAAUGACAACUCUGCAGUGAAGGAAAUCCAGAAUUCCCUGAGAUCAGGAAAACUUUCUGAUAAAGAGCUGGAACUCCACCAGUGUUCAGCUCUGGUCUUUGUGUUACUGAUGUCAGAGGAGAUCCUGGAUGAGUUUGACUUGAAGACCUACAACACAUCAGAAGCAGGUCAUCACAGACUGGUACCAGCAGUCAGGAGGAACUGCAGGAAGGCCAUACUGAACAGGUGUGGCCUAAGUGAGAAGUCCUAUGAAAUUGUGACCUCAGCUCUCCAGUCAUCAAACUCACCCCUGAGAGAUCUGGACCUCAGCUACAAUAACCUGGGAGAUCCAGGAGUGAAGCUGCUCUGUGCUGGACUGAUGAGUCCAAACUGUAAACUACAGAGACUGGGACUGAACAGCUGUGACCUAAGUGAGGAGUCAUGUGAAAUUGUGGCCUCAGCUCUCCAGUCAUCAAACUCACCCUUGAGAGAUCUGGACCUCAGCUACAAUAACCUGAGAGAUACAGGAGUGAAGCUGCUCUGUGCUGGACUGAUGAGUCCAAACUGUAAACUACAGAGACUGGGACUGAACAGCUGUAACCUAAGAGUGAAGUCAUGCGAAAUAUUGGCCUCAGCUCUCCAGUUAUCAAACUCACCCCUGAGGGAUCUGGACCUCAGCAGCAAUAACCUGGGAGAUUCAGGAUUGAAGCUGCUCUGUGCUGGACUGAUGAGUCCAAACUGUAAACUACAGAGACUGGGGCUGUCAGGCUGUAGAGUCACACAGAGAGGCUGUGAUUCUCUGGCUUCAGCUCUGUGUUCAAACCCCUCACACCUGAGAGAGCUGGACCUGAGAUACAAUCACCCAGGAGACUCAGGAGUGAGAGCGCUGUCUGCUGCUAAACUGGACACACUCACACUGCUUGUGGAACAUGGAGGAGAGAACAGGAUCAAACCAGGACCAAGGAAAUGUGAGUCUUUAUCGAUGCAGAACACUUUCCAUAGAUACACAUUAGGGGACCCAAGAGCGCUCCUCGGGGCCAUAGCCCUCCCAGUCCACGAGGUACUGCUUACCCCUGCCCACGCGGCGCUCAGCCAGGAUGCAGCGCACCGUAGAGACCGGGCCCCCGUCAAUGAGCCGAGGAGGUGGAGGAGCCUCCGCCGGGGCCAGUGCACCCUCCUGGGGCCGGACCCCAGCGGGCACGAAGAGGCACACCUGGGGCCAGACCCCAGCGGGCAUGAAGAGGCAAUGAGGCGGCCCCCCUGUAGCACCUGGGGCCGGACCCCAGCGGGCAUGAAGAGGCAGUGA